AUGUCACACCCGCCGCGGCCUAGAACCACUCUGAUGUGGUUUAGAUUACGAGUAGGUUUCAAUUUAGCACAUGAUGCUACGGUACUGUUGAAGUGUGAAUCCAAAUUUAAUGGACUGACUUGCAGGUACGGUUUACCGGUCAAUUUCCAAGCUGCCCUCGUUGAGCCAACCAAAGGAUCCCAGAAGAAACUUCGUGCCGAGCUUCACAAGUUGUACAUUCAUCUAGACGGAUCAGCUGCCGGACCAAUCGAUACGUUGGAAGAUUCGCCAGCGUUGAUGUCACUGGGAGUAAAUGAGUACUAUCCAUACGUGUUCUUCAAAGUUAAUUUAGAUUUUGUCGAUAAGAAAUAG